AUGGGACGCAUCGUCUCGCCGUCAAAGAUGAGCCUAGCUCUCGCACCUCACCCGAACCCGCACAGACUGAUCAACAGGGACACUAUGUCGGCCCAGCCAGUGGUCUCCUUAUCCCACGACUCGUCUAUCUUCACUUUUGGCGAUGCCCCUUUGCCCGAAUUCGACCCGACCUUCUUCGUGCUGCCGCCCAAGGCUGAGGGCGAGAAGCUCGUCGAGCGGUAUUUUGACUUUGCUGCACCCACGCAUCGGUUCCUGCACAGACCCACGAUCGAGGGGCUCUUGAAAGAGUUUUACGAGACACAGGGCGACAUGAAGAACAAGGAGGAGGCACCGGGCAAGACAGCUCUGUUGUUGAUUGUCAUGGCCCAGGCGAAAGCAUACAUGCCAGGAGAGGCCGACGCACAUUCAGCCAGUGCCCGAUAUUACUUCGCUUCGGAACACCAAUUGCGCAAGGAACGCGGAGCCGUGCGCCUCGCAAGUGUUCAAGCAAGGCUAGGCCAAUGCUUCUACCUCCUGACGCAGUCUCGAGUCAAUCACUGCUGGAGCUUGUUCGGUACAUUGGCUCACCUCGCCUUCGCCAUUGGCCUGAAUCGAGGUAGGAGUUGCAAUCCGUCAACUACUGUCGACUACAUCGAGCUCGAGAGUCGGCGGCGCCUGUUCUGGGUAGCGUACGUGCUGGACAAAUACCUCGCCGCAGCUCUAGGUCGGCCUCGCACCUUCAAAGACGAGGACAUUGACCAGGUACACACCCUAUACUUUCCUCUUAGGCUCUCUAUGGUUCUCAUACAAGAUCAGGAACUUCCUACCCUCGUCAAUGAUGCCGAUCUCACGUCUCACUCCAUAACCCCCUCUCCCUCCUUGGGCUACUCAAUCCCCGUAAUGAUGGCACCCAUAGAGCACAUCAAGCUCUCUAAGAUACUCUCCUCUGUCCUACGCGACCUAUACCCCAUCCGUCCCCCAUCCCUUCCCCACCGUAUCUCCCUCGCCCAAAAGUACACCACCGACCUCAUCGCUUGGCGCCAAUCAAACGCUCACUUCCUCGACACCAACAACCUGCCUUCCAGCCUCCUCAUUCCCAUCUACCAGCGUCAACGCAAUGUAUUAAACCUAGCGUACUACCACGCCGUCCUCCUAGUACACCGGCCCUUCCUCCUCUCAAACUUUGCCAGCCUGACGCACUUCGAACAAACAGCGGCGCAACGAGGAGGAUUAGUAGGCGAUGCGCAUCCCGCCAUCGAGCUCACGUGCAAGGAAAACCUCAAGCACUGCUUAGACGCGGCCAUGGGCAUCGUCCAUGUGGUGGACGACAUCGCAGAGAGCCAGAUCUUCCGCGCGUUCUGGUUCACGCAGUACUACGCCUUCUGCGCGGUGGUGGUUUUGUACAUUUACCGCAUCCAGCAGGGCAUUGUGGAGCCGGGGAAGUGCGAGGGGUACUACGCUGCGGGUCUGCGCUGCCAGGGCGUGCUUUCGUCCAUCUCCGAGGCAGAUUGCCUGUCCAAGCGCUACGUUCUUGUGUUGGAGGAGUUGCGCAUCGAGGCGGCGAAGGUCAGGGGACCUGCUCAUCAGCAGCAGACGCACAACGCAACAACGCCUGCGUCUUCGGCGUCACCGGCGGUGGCAGGCGGUUUGGCAACGAAUGUAAGCGGGGGCCUAGGAGAGAGUGCUAGGUUCGUGGAGCCUUACUUUGGCGCUGGCAGUGGGGAUGUUGGGAACAAUCUGCCUACGCCUGAGAGCGCGGUCUUCAACACGAGUUUCCUGCCUACGAGUAGUAUCAUGGCGGAUUUGACAAGCUGGGGGCAGUUCGAUAGCCUGGUGACGGCGGGGAUAGGCAUGCUUGAUGGCGGAGGAUAUGGCAGCGAUGGAAGCUUUGGGUUUGGUCUCGGGUUGUAG